CGGCAGAGAAAACGGAUAAUGGUCCUAGGAACUGAGACAGCACAGACAGAUAGACUGAGAAUUCAGACAGCACAGAUAGGACAAGAGACUGAGAGAGACCUGGGGGGCUGAGACAGCAGAGACCGAGGGGCUGAGACAGCUGAGAUAGGGGGACUGAUACAAUUAUACUUGGAAGUAAUAACGCAAAAAUAUGAGUAUAAAGGAGAGACAUUGGAGUAGUGGGAACGUUGUCUGCAUGGCCAGUAGUAAGUGGUUGGAUGAGUAGUAGCUCAGAUUAGAAGACACAGUUUGAAUAGAGACCACACAUAUCAGGAAGGAGGAGAGAACUAUAGCAGACAGGCAGAAUAAUCCUUAUGGAUCUGUGAGAAGUGGCGGGGGGAGUGAGACAUGAGAACUGCAGGGCUCUGACGAAGAUUGUGGUGAGGCUGGGAACAGAUUCAGAGGUCAGGAGUAGAUGGGAGGUGACACAUGAUGGAGAGAAUUUGGGGAGAGGACUCAUCCAUGAGGGGGACCAUUUAACAUGACUUUGAAAUGACUUUAUCGUGGGGAAACGAAACCGAUGGAGAAGAUUGAUUUACUGGCAUGAACUUGCAGUGAAGGGGAUUUUACCUUCGAACACAGAAGAUACAACUGGAGCUCCAGCCUUGUCCUUUGCACACAAUCACCAUGCCUGACAUCAACUAUCUGAGUUCUGUGUCCUGGGGAUACAUCAAGUUCAAGAGGAUGUUGAACCGUGAGCUAACACACUUGUCUGAGAUGAGCCGUUCCGGGAACCAGGUCUCAGAAUAUAUUUCCAACACUUUUCUCGACAAACAGAACGAUGUGGAUAUCCCAUCCCCAACACAGAAGGAGCGAGAGAAGAAGAAGAAACAACAGACAAUGUGCCAAAUAAGUGGUGUCAAGAAGCUCACGCACAGCUCCAGCCUGACCAACUCUUUGAUACCUCGUUUUGGAGUCAAGACUGACCAGGAAGAGCCUCUUGAGAAGGAAUUGGAUAAUCUAAACAAGUGGGGCCUUAAUAUCUUCAGAGUAGCGGAAUUUUCCAAUAACCGUCCGCUGGGCUGUAUAAUGUACACCAUAUUCCAGGAGAGAGAGCUUGUUAAGACCUUUAAGAUUCCUGUGGACACGUUAAUCACUUACUUGAUGACCCUAGAAGACCACUACCAUGCGGAUGUGGCGUACCACAACAGCUUGCAUGCCGCCGACGUCACACAGUCAACACAUGUCCUCCUCUCCACACCGGCAUUAGAUGCCGUGUUUACAGAUCUGGAGAUCCUAGCAGCAUUGUUUGCUGCUGCCAUCCAUGAUGUGGACCAUCCGGGAGUUUCCAAUCAGUUUCUUAUUAAUACAAAUUCAGAACUGGCGUUAAUGUACAACGAUGAGUCUGUAUUAGAAAAUCAUCACCUGGCUGUAGGGUUCAAGCUACUUCAAGAGGAGAACUGCGACAUCUUCCAAAACCUGCCCAAACGACAGCGGCAAACGAUGAGGAAGAUGGUGAUCGAUAUGGUUCUAGCCACCGACAUGUCUAAACACAUGAGCCUGUUGGCUGACCUAAAGACCAUGGUGGAGACCAAAAAGGUGACCAGUUCUGGUGUCUUGUUGCUGGAUAACUACACAGACAGGAUACAGGUUCUUCGCAACAUGGUGCACUGUGCGGAUCUAAGCAACCCGACCAAACCACUGGAACUGUACCGUCAGUGGACUGACCGCAUCUUGGAGGAGUUCUUCAGACAGGGAGACAAGGAGAGGGAGCGGGGGAUGGAGAUAAGUCCUAUGUGUGACAAGCACACUGCCUCUGUUGAGAAAUCACAGGUUGGCUUUAUUGAUUACAUUGUCCAUCCGUUGUGGGAGACCUGGGCGGAUCUUGUUCACCCAGAUGCUCAGGAUAUCCUGGACACCUUGGAGGACAACCGGGAUUGGUACCAAGGCAUGAUACCUCAAAGCCCAUCCCCGCCACCAGAUGAUUCAGACAAAGAUGAUGAAACCGGUAUGGAAAAGUUCCAGUUUGAAUUGACACUGGAGGAAGAAACGGAGGAAUCUGACAGGGACCGGAACGGCGGCUUUGAGGAGGAGGAGGGCUGUGCGCUCCAAACACCUGAGAUCUUAGAACCUGAGCUGGACAUUGAAGAAGACCCCACAACACAGGAAGAGUCACCAGAACAGACUGACGACCAAUUAAACGACACAUCUUCUGCGGAAUCCUGAACUUUACCGACAGGAGACAAUUAACUCUAAGACGUUUAAUAACACACAAAGACAUGUUUUAAACAUGGAGAUCAAAAUGUGCUUAAUUUCCAGUUUCAUAUUUAUUUAUUUUUGUCUUUUUUUUUUUUUUUUUUGAAGGUUGUUUUUGUAUUCUCAAGGGGAACAAACACAAUUACUGUAGAUUCCGAUACUUUGCACAGAAUAGGAGUUUGUUGCCAUAAGUAAGUUACAACACACUCUCUACAAAAAAAAAAAAUCUAUGUGGUUUUUUUUUCUUACUUUUUUUUUUUUUUUUAGUGCUCUUUCUUUUUUUUUGAAAAACAAAAAACUAUUUAUUUCCCUUUCAAACGGAUGCAACAAGGAAACCAAGUUCCGUUCCUAUUUUUGCGCAUGCAAUGACAAAGCCAUUUUUAUUUUUAAUUUUGCUUUUUUUGGGGGGAUGAACAAAAGUACCCAUCAAGGACUGAGCAGAAUUUUUUUUAAAUUACUUUUUUUUUUAAUUUGUAAAACAAAGAGAAACCUACCGUCUCAGCCAAGCUGAGCUUACUUCUCAGAGUGUUUUAUUCCAUCUGAGAGUGACGUAGGGUUCCAGAGACUGUGGAAAAGGUGUGUGCCUUUUAUGUACUUGUAUCUCUGUGUCUUUUGUUGUGUGGCAGAUUGGCGCUCCCAUGGCAAAGGUUUCUGGGUAAAACAAAAUGGCAGCACCGAUGUUGAGAGGUGUGUUAGGGCUUUACUUUCACCUUCUCCAAGGGGUUCACAGUGUUCUGUUCAUAUGAGGUGGAAUGUUCUAGAACUGACCUUUCCACUGCCAGAGAGGCAGGUGGAACCCAACUCGAAAUCACCCUCUGUUUGGUAGCCAAACGGUAAAAAGAAUGUGGAAAUUUAUAGCCUCCAAAAGACAUAUAUAUUUUAUUUUGGUACAAAAAAGUAAUAUUUUAUUUCAAUCUUCAACUCUCUCUUUAUCUUAAA